AUGGAUGAUGAGAUUAUUUCUGAGACUCCUGUUCAAGCUUCUGGUAGUGUUGAUUCUGGUAAAAAAUCUAAUGUUUGGAGAUUUUUUAAGAAGAUUAAAAAAGACAGAGAUGGUAUUGAAAAGGCUGAAUGCAAUUUUUGUCAUCAUGAAUACAAAAUUGAAAAAAAUCCGAAAACUAAGAAUGCUUACGGGACUUCUCAUCUAAGUCGUCAUAUAGUUUCUUGUAAAUCUAUACCCCUCAAUAUUAGAUUUGAUGAUGAUAUAGAGGGUCUGCCAACUAAAAUUGAUCAGAAUGUUCAUAGAAAAAAACUCGCUCAGGCUAUAGCAAAACAUGAUUUUGCAUUUAGCUUUGUUGAAUAUGAGAGUAUUAGAGAUUGGAUUAAUUACAUUAGUCCAACGAUUAUAAUGCCUUCUAGAAACACUUUAGUUUCAGAUCUUCAAAUGAUUUAUUCAACAGAGAAAGAGAAAUUGAGACAGAAGAUGUCUAGGAUACCUAAUAGAAUUUGUUUGACAUCUGAUGUAUGGACAGCAUCUACCACUGAAGGAUAUAUUUGUCUAACAGCUCAUUUUGUUGAUGAGAAUUGGCGACUAGUGAGUAAGAUUUUGAAUUUUUGUCGAAUGAUUACUCCCCAUACCGGAACCAAUAUGGAAGCAGUCUUAUUUAACUCUUUGAAGCAAUGGGGUAUUGAUAAGAAAGUAUUCUCUAUUACUUUAGAUAAUGCUUCUGCAAAUGACAACAUGCAAAACAUCUUAAAAACUCAUCUAUGUAAGAAGAAUAGUUUGCUUUGCGAUGGAGAAUAUUUUCAUGUGCGUUGUUUCGCUCACAUUUUAAAUUUGAUUGUACAAGAAGGGUUAAAGAUGGCUGCUGGAGCUUUAUUUAAAAUCAGAGAGAGUGUGAAAUAUGUGAAAGCUUCUGAUGGGAGAAAAAUGAAAUUCAAAGAUUGUGUGCAGCAAACAGAAAUUGAAGAAGGUGUUAGUCCAAAAUUAGAUGUUCCAACUCGAUGA